UCCGCGUGCUCUGGGCGGUGUGACGGGUGUGGGGCCCGGGGGUCCGAGCCUGCUGAAGGGUCUCUGAGGACGUUGUCGGCUUUGGGGUUACGUUCUUGGCGUCCGCAGGGUGUAGGUGUAAAUCAUAGCCGAAUUAAAACGGCUUCAGGGGAAAACAGAGCGUACGUUCUUCACUUCGUGCGGCGUUUUACAGAAAGCUCCCGUCCCUUUCUGUGCGAGCGGUGCUGUCUGGAUUUAUCUGUAACACGGGGAACGUUUGAAAACUGCACUUCCGUGAGUGCAAGAGCAAGCACUGCUCGCUGGAAGUGCGCUGAUCGCUUUGCUGGCUGCUCCUGCAAGGGGAGAAAGUUCACUGCGCCUGAGCAGAAGUCUGUAAGUCGGCAUCUCAUGGACGCAGGGGCAGCGGCGCUUCACGUGAUGCAGAGGAGGAUUAAGAGGCUGCCUUUGCUGCUGAGCUGUUCAGAAAAAAAAGGGGAGAUGUGUCACUUUCCCCAAAGAAGCCCAGUAUGGUCAUUUCCAAAACUGUGUAGUAUAUCUUGGCGGUUUUAUCAUACAAGUACAGCCCACAUGUGCAGCUGCAGUAAGACAGUUAGUGAUGAAAAAUACCAAGACCCUUUUCAACUUGGCAGAAAAGACUUGAAGAAUCUCUAUGAGGAUAUUAAAAAGGAGUUACUUGUAUCUACUGCUGAACUUAAGGAAAUGUGUGAAUAUUACUUUGAUGGGAAAGGAAAGGCCUUUCGACCAAUGAUCGUGGUGCUAAUGGCAAGGGCUUGCAACAUUCACCAUAGCAAUUCCAGGGAGGUGCAAGCAAGCCAGCGCUCUGUGGCCAUAAUUGCAGAGAUGAUCCACACAGCUAGCCUCGUUCAUGAUGAUGUCAUUGAUGAUGCAAAUUCUCGCAGAGGAAAAAUGACAGUCAACCAGAUCUGGGGAGAGAGGAAGGCAGUUCUAGCUGGUGAUUUCAUCCUAUCAGCUGCUUCCUUAGCUUUAGCACGAAUUGGAAACACUACUAUUGUCUCUGUUCUAACUCAGGUGAUUGAAGAUCUGGUGCGUGGUGAAUUCCUCCAGUUGGGUUCCAAGGAAAAUGAGAAUGAGAGAUUUGCUCACUACCUCGAGAAGACUUUUAAGAAGACGGCGAGUCUGAUAGCAAACAGUUGUAAAGCAGUUUCAAUUCUAGGCUGCCCCGAUCCCAAAGUUCACGAGAUCGCAUACCAGUAUGGAAAAAACGUUGGCAUUGCUUUUCAGCUAAUAGAUGAUGUGCUGGAUUUUACAUCAUGUGCUGACCAUCUUGGGAAACCAGCAGCAGCAGAUCUCAAGCUUGGGUUAGCCACAGGCCCUGUCUUGUUUGCUUGUCGACAGUUUCCAGAAAUGAAUGCCAUGAUAAUGAGACGAUUCAGUAAGCCAGGAGAUGUCGAACGUGCUCGGAAGUACGUGUUGCAGAGUGACGGUGUGCAGCAAACAACCUACCUCGCCCAGCGCUACUGCCACGAAGCUACGAGAGAGAUCAGCAAACUGCGCCCAUCCCCUGAAAGAGAAGCCCUCAUUCAACUGACAGAAAUGGUACUCAUGCGAGACAAGUGAGAGAACUCCUUCCACUCGUUCUGGCAGCUACUUACCAGACUGUGCCUACAUUUCCUUCAAGUUAUUUGCUUCCAACACAGGCUACCAAAAAUUAUUUUUUUAAGAAACUUCUGGUUUGUUUUUUUUUUUUCUGGGGGGGGGUGGGGGAGCUCUACUUUUUUUUUCCAUAAAAAUAAAAAUGGAAGUGUUUUAUUGUAGGAAGCCAUACGGUUCAGAGCAAAUCAGAUCGUGCUGUACAAUUGUUUUAGUGGGGGCUAUUAAUUGUGGGGCAGGGGAAGAUGUUUACAUGUUGAUGCACAAAGGCCACAAUGAAAAUAAAUAUAAAUCAGUGUAUGAAAAUUGAAGUUGCUCAAAUUUCAUUCGUUCACAACAAUAAACACAGCAUACAUGUUGCUAUCUGUUGAACA